AUGAAUGUGGUUAACGUUUUUCCGUUUUGGCUAGGGAGUUCAGUGAAGAUGGAUACGAUCUUAAACAGUACAUUUGACCCUGUGGCUAUAGCAGAUCCCUCUUGUAAUGCAAAUGUAAUGAAAAUGCACGCUAAAUCACACCUCGAAAAUAUUCUGCACUUAAAAAGCUGUAACUUCGUUGUUUCGAAGCAGUUUAUGCUUAAUCGUGCCGUUCAGGUCCAACCUUUCGAAGAUCGGGCACUGCCAGCCGUACAAAGCGGAUUCACUGGUUUGCGUAACAUUGGGAACACAUGCUUUAUGAAUGCUACUCUGCAAAUGCUUGUUAACAACAUUGAAUUGAAGACCUAUUUCUUGGAUCGACACUAUAAGUUGGAUGUGAAUCCUAAUAAUCCGCUCGGAUUUAGAGUACUCUUCUCUAGCUUCAUCCAUCAAAAGAAAACAGUUUAUGCGCCUCAUGUGGAAUCGACAGAGUUGGUCGCCGAGAAAGCGUCACAGUUUGCCAACUUUGCACAGCACGAUGCCCAUGAAUUUCUUUCAUUUCUUCUUGAUGGUCUUCACGAAGACCUCAACAGGGUGAAGUCGAAACCUAUGACCACCACUGUAGAGGGGGACGGACGAUCGGAUAUUGACGUAUCAACUGAAGCAUGGUUCAACCACACACUGAGAAACGAUUCUAUAUUUGUCGAUCUCUUCCAUGGACAGCUGAAAUCACGACUGCAAUGUCCAAAGUGUGAUCGGGUAUCCAUCACAUUCGAUCCAUUCGUAUAUCUUCCUGUUCCGUUUCCAAAAGUCAAAAAGUCGUCAACGGUGUGGUUUUGGCCGCUUGACCCUCUACUCAAGCCGAUUGAGGUGACUGUCCAGUACUCUCCUGAAGGAACUGUCCUUGACCUUCUGAAUGCUCUUUCUGAUUUGGUUCAUGUUCCAUCCAAAGUGCUUCGUCUCGUUGAAGUGUUCAGUCAUCGCAUACAAAAAGUAUUUACGCCAACAAGCCCGGCUAACGACAUAUGUGGCGGGGACGUGCUGUAUGCAUUCCAAGUUUACGAUCAAAAUGAUUGCAACGAGCCGGUAGUUGAAUUACUAGUUGUGCAACGACAGCUGUAUUCGUCGACGCUUCGCUAUGCUUGUAAUGAAUGCGGUAGAACUACUGGACGAUUGAAGGCAUGCGAAGCUUGCUAUAACGCCUAUUAUUGCAACAAAGAAUGUCAACUGGCAAAUUGGAAUACGGGUGGACAUCGGGAUGAGUGCCGUAGAAGAACAACAGCGGACUAUGUUGGUCAGCCGUUCAUGGUUUCUCUACCGCAAAGUCAACUGACAUACCACCACCUUAUUCGUGUGUUGGAGGCUUCACCAGCACCUUCAACUACCUCUUCUCAAACACCGCGCAGACAAUGUGUCAUGCCAGAACCACGCAAGAAAUCUGAAUUCAAAAUGUUUCUUGUUCGCAAGUUGGUGGACCAAAUGCAUGUGCUCGGUGAUACCAUAGUCGAUGAUAAGACAGGUCAACCUCUCGAUAUACCAUCUGGCACAUAUCUUUCAAUCAACUGGUAUAACCUUCGCAAUGGGCGUCCUUUCAUGAGUGUCGAGAACAGAAGAACAUUGGUGAGUGGAGUUCAUACCACAGCGCUAUGCAAAGUCGUGAGUAACAUGUACAACGCUGCCACUCGUAUGUUUUCUGAAACGGAACGACUAAAGCCUGAAGAGUCGUGGUAUUGCAACAAAUGUCGUGAUCAUGUUGAAGCGACAAAAAAGUUGGAACUCUUCAGACUUCCACCCAUUCUCAUCGUACAAUUGAAGCGUUUUGUGUAUACAGCAACCUACCAAGCAAUGCAUCGUAGAAGUAAAGACGAAAGAAGGGUCAUCUAUCCCGUUACAAGUCUCGAUAUGUCUCCAUUUUUGGCUGAAACAGCGCCGUCGGAGCAGAACACCAUGUACGAUUUAACUGGAGUGGUAUGCCACUCAGGAAGCAGCUAUUUCGGUCAUUAUGUAAGUAUUGGUCGUUUACCUGGAUUCGACUCUACCGAGACGAUUGUAGACUGGAGGCUGUUUGACGACUCGAUUGUAACGAAGCAAUCUCCAUGCAAUGUGCAGUCUGAUGAUGCCUACCUUCUUUUCUACAAACAACGUGGUAUUCCCACGCGAUCAAUUUUCAGGCAUUAUUAG